GUGCUGCUAUCUUCGCCUCUCAUCUCCCUCGGUCGUGCAAGCACCCCCGAUGGUUGUCGUGCAUGUCGUUCUCCUCACCGCAGCGCUUGCGAUCAUCGCGCUGCAUGGAUAUGGAAUGCUGUCAAACUUCCUCCGGUUUGCAUGCCACUUGUACUUUCGACGGAUCACAGUCCAUGGCGUCAAUCACCUCCCGCGAGAAGGUCCUGUCGUCGUAUGUCCGAACCACCCGAACAUGAUGAUCGACGUCCUACUCGUCUUGACUCAGUGCACGCACAUGGGACGCAACCCCUACGCGUGGGCGAAAGCGUCCAUGUUCAAGAACCCUAUUGCAGGUCGAAUCUUGCGAGCGCUUGGGGCGGUCCCUGUGUUUCGACCGCCAGGGAAGUUUGCAAACCAAGAUGUGGACUCGGAGAAAACACCCGAGGAAAUUGCCGCUGCGACGCGCCACAUGUUUGAGGACACGUGGAAGGUGCUCCAUGCUGGCCACCUUGUCGUGUUGUUUCCUGAAGGCACGUCCUACACAUUGCCGCACAUGUUGGAGUUGCGCACGGGGGUCAUGCGUGUUGCAACUGGCUUCGUCAAGGCGUACGACACACCCAUCACGGUCGUGCCGGUCGGGUUGACGUAUUUCAACAAAGACCACUUCCGCAGCGAAGUUUCGUUGGAGUUUGGCGAACCGAUCGUCGUCGAUCAGUCGGUGAUUCAAACAGACGCAUUUCGCGCCGACGAGCGCGCAGAAGUGAAGCGGUUGACUGGAGAACUCCAGGAACGCAUGCAUCGUGUCACGUUGAACGCACACGACUUUGAGUCGUUCCGUGUCGCGCGCACGAUUCGCCGCCUCUACUGCGCCGAACCGCUGCACCCCAAAGACGACGUCCACUUCACCCAGCAGCUCGUGGACCUCGUCGAGGGCAAGUUGACUGCCAAAGAGACCGAGACUGUCGUGCUGACCCAGCUCAAGGCAGACGUGACCAAGUACCAGCAUGCGCUCGAUGACCUGCGCAUCAAGGAUAGCGACUUACUUCUGGACGUGAAAGAGUCGCUUGUCACGCUGGCUAUUGAGCGCCUGAUGUAUUUGCUCGUGCUGUUGCCGGUGGCCACCCCCGGCUUGUUGUUGAAUUUGCCAUUUUACUUUUUGGGCACGAAGCUCAACGUGCUGGCUGGGUACACCGAGUCGAGGAGUAUGUUCAAACUGGCGGCGGGCAUUGUUCUUGUCCCGGCGCAGUGGAUCGUGCUUAUUUCGACGGCCGCGUGCAUUUACGGAUCGUCGGCCGCAUACGUUCUCAUGAUUGCCCUGCCCUUCUUCCUCUACUCGCAUAUUCGUGUGCUGGAAGAAAGCCGCACGAUCAUGGAAAACGUUUGGUACCUGGCAAACCUUGCGACGAGAAAGGAACGCAUUGAGAGUCUGCGCACGGAGCGCAAGGCCCUCGUGACGACUGUUCAGAACUUGGUCAACGCACUCGUCAAGGACCCUGUCAUACAACAAAUCAAGAAGGUCAACUCGUCACCGGCACUCCGUCCCGCCGGGUUGAGUCUCCGAUAUCGACAAGAGUCUCGAAGCGCCUUCGUUUAACGUUGCAGUCACUCGUUCAUGUCGUAGGGGUAGAAUAGCAUGCUUUCGUUGUAACAAACACACCAACGACCAUAUUUGCAAA